GGUACAGCAAUGUUUGCACCAUCCACAGCUCUUGAAGCAGUUACUGGUUUUCCUGUCUGGGCAUCCAUAUUGGUCACUGCAGGGGUCGGAACUAUCUACACAUCCAUAGGAGGAAUGAAGGCUGUUGUAUGGACAGAUGUGUUCCAAUCUGUAAUCAUGUUAGGUGGAGUAAUAGCAGUCAUUGUCAUGGGCCUUGUCAAAAUUGGAAGUGUCUCCAAGGUAUUUGAGAUUUGCCAGGAACACAAACGUCUCAACUUCUUUAACUUUAAUUUUGAUCCCACGAGAAUCAAUACAUUCUGGACUAUAGUGGUGUCAGAUACGAUACUCUGGUGGAAGGUAUAUGGAACCAGUCAAGCCAGUGUUCAAAGGUUUUGCUCACUGCCCACACUAAAGAAAGCAAAUGCGGCUGUUCUGCUCGCCAUACCGAUGCAAUUUCUGUUGAUAACAAUGGUUUCUUUCGCGGGACUUGUCAUAUUUGCAUACUACAUCCAUAUAGGCUGUGAUCCCCUUGAACAAGGAAUUAUUAAAUCAGGAAAUCAG